AUGCAGCGAGAGCAGAAUUCCACUGCUGACGCCCUGGAUAAGUUGGCCAUGACCAAAGAUGUUGAGUUAAUCAAUGUGGUCCCCAUUGAUUACUUGGAGUCUUUGAGUAUCUCGGCUCUAGACGAGGUGGAAUCUAUACAACCCCAAGAUGGGUGGAUGGAGCCAAUAGUCAAAUAUCUCAUCUCUAGGGAGCUGCCCCGAGACAAGAAGGCAGCUCGAAAGUUGUUGUAUCAAGUACUGAGGUACAUAAUCAUGGAUAAUAGGCUUUAUAGGCGAGGUUACUCCAUGGCUUUGCUUCGGUGUGUGUCCAAGCAAGAAGCCAAUCUGAUACUCCAAGAAGUACAUGAGGGCUUUUGCGGAGAUCACGUUGGGGGACAGAGCCUUUCCAAAAAAAUCUUAAGGCAAGGAUACUUUUGGCCCACCAUGAAUGGGGAUGCAAUGGAUUAUUUCAAGAAAUGUGACAAAUGA